AUGGGGCGCCGGUCGGUGAACACGACUAAAAGUGGAAAGUUUAUGAAUCCAACAGAUCAGGCUCGCAAGGAGGCUCGUAAACGGGAGCUGAAGAAGAACAAAAAGCAGCGGAUGGCUGUUCGGCAUGCUGUGCUAAAGGCAAAGGAUCCUCUUCAACUCCUGGAGGAAACAGCUCUAUAUGACAAACAAGAGUACGACCCCAACGUUGAAGCACAUCUUAACGAGAGAGUCCUUCAAGAAAAACGACGGAAGCUUUUGGAAACUUUUGAUCGUCUGGUACUGCUCUAUAGGAAAGAAGAUGCUGAGUACGCCAACCGACUACAAGCUGCCCGGAAUGACUACGAUAAAAAAAGACAUGAGAUGAUGUUAUUCUAUGAACAAGUCAAACUUGCGGAGCGCGUGAAAACAAGUGAUAUUCCACUACCCAAACUACCCCAGUCACAAAUGGGAUUGAUUGCCUCUGACAUUCCUCUACCGACGGGCAGUUACGCGAAGAGUAUCUUAAAGAAGUCUUUAGGAGCUCCUGGACUGCCACCCGGUAUACUACCUGCUGGCCGGAAGCCACCUGCACCUCCUCCAGGACCCCCACCAGAACUUUCUGACAGUGAUGGUGAAGACAGUUCCAGUGACUUGACUCGUCAACGGAAGAUCCGCUUUGCUGAUUCCGACUUCCCUCUGGCUGCGGCUGGUGACAACUUAUCCAACCAGGCAAACACGUCACUCAUGGAUGCUUCUUCGAAGUUUCCUUCAGGGUUCUCAGGCCUCAUACCGCCACUGUCACAAAUCCCGUUACCGCCGCCAACUGCCUUGCCCUCAUUCACCGGACUGCUGCGUCCCGGCUUCCCAGGUGCCCCUCAGCCUAACCAGGUGCGAUUCAUGUUUCAAUCAGCUGGUAAUGCCGUGCUGUCCGCUCCACCCAGUCUUCAUCCACGUGACCCACUGGAUAACGCUGAUAUACUUGGUGCACCGGCCGUACACCCGACCUCCAGUCUACCCCCAACCUCCAAGGCUGGUUCCGCAACAGGCACAACCAUAGAGGCGAAACCACAAUUGAAGAACCUUAUUGGUGAUGCAACACGUUUUGUCCCAACGGCCAUCAAAAUACGCCGGACUACUCGAGACCCCACUGGACGAUUAGUGACAGUUGGUGGCGGUGUUGGCACUCACGGACCUGGAGCAACUGGGAAAACAUCGGUUUCUGCGUACGACCGGAUUUCAAGAGCCGACGGAACUGGAUCGGCUUCUGCUGCUGCAAGUGCAAGCAAAGACGAUGCCUAUGAGGAAUUCAUGAGGGAAAUGGAAGGACUUCUGUGAAUCGUUUUGACCAACUUGUCAGUGGGCUAUGAAAUAUGUACAGCAUUGACAGUUUCACUACAUUUUUCUC